AUGGAUUCAAGUUAUCACUUUCUUCUCGCUACGCUAAUUCUCAUAUUUCCAGUAACCAUUUCCGUCGACAUCUCACCUGCGCCGGGUGGUGAGGGAGUUGUUGAUGAUUGGACGCCCAUCAAGAAUUUGAGUGACACACGGGUGGUGGAUAUUGGGAAAUUUGCAGUAGCAAGGCACAACUUCCAGGCCAAGACUCAGCUAGCCUUUGACCAUUUGGUGAAUGGCAAGACACAAUCACAGGCAAGAACAGAGUACAACUUAACAAUUGCAGCCAAAGAUGGCAAUGCAGAUGAUACACUGAAGAAUUAUGUAGCAAUUGUUUUCGACAGGCCAAAUGAAAACUUUAUGCAUCUUGUUUCCUUUAGAGGACCAGAAAGAGUUUAUUUUAUAAGGAUGGGUAGACUGUUGUAG